UUAAUUCAAGAACUACGCCUGUGGAAUCAUGUUUUGAGUAUAAUUAAUAUCCAACAGUUACAGGGUUGCCAACUUCGAUCAGCUGGCUGGCGAGAGAUUUUCAAGACAAGUCUAUACACGCAUGUACAUGUAUGUAAAAGUUUCAUUACUUUGUAUGUAGGGUUUGCAAAGUAUCCCAACGCUUUUGAUAUAGCUAAUUUUAGGUUCAUAAUGGAAUAAUAUUGAUUUGCUGUAAGAUUUCCUGCGUGAGCUUUAGAGUUUGAACGCGUGAGUGUCACGCCAGAUAUGUGAAAGUUGGCAGCCCGGCAGUUACUCAACUGUGUUCUUCAGUUUCGUAAAAGAGGGGAAAAACAGAAACUUGGCAAAUCGAAAGAAUGUGAAACAUCCCAUCGAAAGUAAAUUAAAACCAAUAAAGAAAUUAAAACCAAUAAAGACGGCCGGAGACGAUUCGUCGUGUCCUUUGAUCAUCGGCACAUCUCAGCGAUUCCAUUAAGUUUUCAUACCUUCCCGGAACUCGGCACGAGGCUCUUCCUUAGCGCCGCGCGUUUUGCUGGCGCUGUGACGUAACGAGGAGUGGCGCGAGACAUCUGGGAGUAGCGGAGCAGAAACGGACCCGACGAUUUGUGCGCUGAAGUCGCCCUCCGGAGCCACAUGCGACGUGUGCUGAACGGACUGCUGCUUUCCGUGCAGGUAGGCCUUAGCAAACCCCUCCUCUACGGCCGGAGCGUCGCUCCCAAACGAAGUGAAAGCGCCCGAAUUGGUGCUGUGCUGACUUCAUUACAAAUACCUGGAAAAUAUUCGAGGUGGAGGAUCCGACCUGGAAGCAGAGAGUGGGUACGGCAGGAUGGCAUCGCAUGGUUACGGUCACUCUAACACCCGUCUGCAGAGCAAGAAACCACCCAGCCUGAAGAUCGCCAUCCCACCUCCGGAUGUCAACGACGGGGCCUACUCUGCCUGCCAGCCCUUGAGCUCUGACCUGGGUGUCCAGUCUGAAGAUGGCACGGUGGUGGGGGGUGCGAGGCCGGCCUUUGAGAGGCAGACCUCCCUCUCCCAGAGCAUCCGCAGGGGCACGGCGCAGUGGUUCGGUGUUGGGGACGACUGCGAGAGCAAGCACAUGCAGUGGCGGCGCAAGAGCAUGCAGCACUGCAGCCAGCGUUACGGCAGACUGAAGGCGCAGUACCGCGAGCACGAGGCACCCAGCCUGGACCAGGGCUUGGAGUCGCCAGGCGCCUACAGAAUGCCCAAGAUAGUGGACCCUCUGGCCCGGGGUCGGCCAUUCCGUUACCCCGAUGAGCCGGACCGGCCGCGGACGCCUCACAUGACCCCCAUGCCGCUGACCCCGGGCAUGAGCUCGCUCUGCUCCUUCUCCAGCCAGCGCUCCGGCUACGCCCGCCCGCCGCGCCGCAAAAGGGAGUCUGUGGCCCGCAUGAGCAUCCGCGCCGCGUCCAACCUUCUCAAGGGCCGCCCCGUGAUGCUGACCUCCCAGGCCAGCCGCACCAUUCCCCGCCGCAGCUUCGCCCAGCACAGCUGGUUGGAAGAGGACACCGUGGACACAGCCGAUACCUCAGACUCUGUGUUCUUCAGCAAGGUCGAUGCCCAUGGCGAGGCGUACUCCAUUCCCGAUGACGUGUUCGAGUCCCCGCCUCUGUCGGCCACCUGCAGCGGCCACCAGCAGCCGCACUUCGAGGAGCCGACCCUCAAGGAGGCGGAGCCUUCUGUAAAAUUCCCCCUGUCGAUCAAGAAGGACCUGGGCCCGCGGCUGCCCGGAAAGCCCCGCGCCCAGCGUGGCCAGCGCAUCGCCUCGCGUGUCAAGCACUUCGCCUUCGACCGGCACAAGCGGCAGUAUGGCAUGGGCGUGGUGGGCAAGUGGCUGAACCGGCAUUAUCGGCGCAGCAUCAGCAGCCAGGUGCAGAAGCAGCUGGACGACUUCCACAGUCACAGGCCAUACUUCACCUACUGGAUCACGUGCGUGCACAUCGUCAUCACCCUCUUGACCGUCGGCACCUACGGCUUCGCCCCUGUCGGCUUCGCCCAGCAUUCAACUUCUCAGUUGGUGCUCCGAAACAAGGGUGUCUACGAGAGCGUGAAAUAUACCCAGCAGGAGAACUUCUGGAUCGGGCCCAGCUCAGAAGAUCUCAUCCACCUUGGGGCGAAGUUCUCCCCCUGCAUUCGACAGGAUGAGCAGAUUUCCAAGCUGAUCCAGCAAGCCAAGGAUUUGGAGAGGGAGUCAGGCUGCUGUGUGCAAAAUGACAACUCGGGCUGUGUGCAGACACUGAAGACGGACUGCUCGGAGACACUGGCCACCUUUAUAAAAUGGAAUGCGGAGGAUUUGGACAUAAUGCGCUCGUCUGGCUCUGUGUGUAGCCAGGACCCGAGGACCUGUGAGGAGCCUGCCUCAGCGGCGCCCCACAACUGGCCCGAUGACAUUUCCAAGUGGCCGAUCUGCACUUUUCCACGCAAGUGGAACCACACUGGGUACAGGCACAUGGACUGCAGCAUAAAGGGGAGACCUUGCUGUAUCGGGACCAAGGGCAGGUGUGAGAUUACGACGCGGGAAUACUGCACGUUCAUGCAUGGUUACUUCCACGAGGAGGCCACUCUCUGCUCUCAGGUGCACUGCUUAGACGACGUCUGUGGCCUCCUACCGUUCCUCAAUCCGGACGUCCCUGACCAGUUCUACCGACUAUGGCUCUCGCUGUUCCUCCACGCCGGGCUGCUGCACUGCCUGGUCUCCGUGGUGUUCCAGAUGACCGUGCUGAGGGACCUGGAGAAGCUGGCUGGCUGGGUGCGCAUCUCCAUCAUCUACAUCUUCAGCGGCAUCACGGGCAACCUGGGCAGUGCCCUCUUCGUGCCGUACCGGGCGGAGGUGGGACCAGCUGGCUCCCAGUUUGGGCUCCUGGCCUGCCUGUUUGUGGAGCUCUUCCAGGGAUGGCAGAUGCUGGAAAAGCCAUGGAAGGCCUUCUUGAAGCUCCUGGGAAUCGUGCUCUUUCUGUUCCUGUGCGGCAUGCUACCGUGGAUUGACAACAUCGCCCACAUCUUUGGCUUCCUCAGUGGCCUGCUGCUGUCCUUUGCUUUCCUGCCCUACGUCACCUUUGGCACCUUCGACAAGUACCGCAAGUGGGUGCUCAUUGUCGUGUCGCUGCUGGUCUACGUGGGUCUGCUCUCCUCCCUGGUGGUCUGGUUCUACAUCUACCCCAUCCACUGGACUUGGCUAGAGCAUCUCACCUGUCUGCCCUUCACCAGCAAGUUCUGUGAGAAGUAUGACAUUGACCACGUUCUGCAUUAGUGCCCAUCAGGAGAUUUCACAUUGACCAGCUUCCCUUGAGAAUGAAUUCGGAGGAAAGACAAUCUUAGGGGGAAAAAAAAAAACUAAAGUUUGCAGGUGGUUGCAUUUGAUUACGCUGAAAUGUUUACGCUGCAGCCCGAAACUCUGUGAUUAUAGCACUAAAGGAGAAACUCAACAGUAAACAGGGUACAAGCACUGGUAAUGCUCAGUGAACACGGAAAGGCAGUUUCUGGGAUGAGCACCGUUUGUGGAACAAUAGAAGAUGAUGCACAUAAUUUUUAAACUUCCAAAGAGACUGAAUUGUGAAUGACACUCGGACCAAGGUUCUGUUAUUUUCUUAACCCCCCCCAACACUGAAAUUUUUCUAACACUAAAUAUAAUUUCUGAUUCUUUUUGUGUUUUUCCGUCAUUGUGAGGUACUUCUGCGAAAAAACUAACUAGCUCCAAACUGUUUUAUCAGAUUUUUUCCUGUGGGGCAUCGCAGUGGCUUGGGGGGUGGUGCCGUUACCCGGAGCCUUCAGGCUUAGGUGUUUGAAUCCUGCCUCUGCUCUGUUUGUAUGGGGUCUGCAUGUUCUUCCUGUGUGAGACGGCUUUCCUCUUGCGGUCCAAUGCCAUGUGAUCAAGCUAAUUGCCAUCUUUAAGCUGCCUGGCAAUGGGCUGGCAUCCCAUCUAGGGUACACUAUUGUGCCCUGCGCUGCCUUGACUAGCCUCCAAUAAUUUUAUUUUUUAAGACAACUGAAGUGGUAGCACACGAUAAAACAAACACAUCCACUGCCUUUCCUAUCAAGAUUCAAGCGCUGAAUUAAAAACUAGCAGUCCUCCUUAAACCAUCCAGAAACCAUAGGAGACUCCAUCUGUAUGGUGUCGGUAAAUGAUUUCAGGACCUCUACUGUGAAGAUUUUAUGUAGUGUGAGGAGCAUGUAAGCCAAGUAUGAGUCAGCGAGCAGUCCUGUGACUUUUGCCUUGUUCGUCUCCGUUUCGGCUGCCUGCUCUGCUAAGGAAAAUGGAAGUAGGCAGCGGAUGAAGGGACUAAAUGUAAGCCAAUUUUUCUAAACUGUGGAGUCGCAAUGUUAAAAUCCCCGCUAUACUACACGUUAUUUGGUACUCGCUGCCACGUAUUUGGAUGUACAUGUGGUUGGGGAACAGACUAAGUCCCAACAGGAGUGACCAGUGGUAGAUUCUGUGUGGUCAGUGUAUUUUCUCAUAGGAGUUUGGUACAUACUACAUGUAUGUAUAAUUUUUAACCAGAAGGUGCUACUUUGUUACUCCCCCAGACUAUGCUGUUGUUUGUCCUCAUUUGAGAAACACCCUCCUUACUUGAUUAUGACUCGGCUGAAGUACCCAAUGCAAGAGUGCAGUUAAACAGUACUGAUGGGGAUGAAGCAGAACUUAUACAGCAUUAUUUAUUUAAAGAGAGCUCCUGUUUCUCCACUGAGACACUGAAUUUUAUAUUUUAUAUUUUCUCAGUUUUAUAUAUAUGUAUAAAAACAAGACUUUAUAAUUAAUAAACAUUUAAAAAUAA